AUGGACUUCAAGAAGAACCAGGAGGAAGGUGUGGACGCGAAGUUGUUCGCGGAGCUCUUCAUCCCCUCCGGCACCGUUCUCGACGACUCCGUCUACUGGGUAGCUUUCCAAAGCGCCUUUGACUUCGCGUACCUGCUAAAGAUCUUCACUUGUAAGCCGUUGCCGGAGACUCGGGAAGGGUUCUUCGAAAUCCUCCAAAAGUUCUUCCCCCUCUUGUACGACAUCAAGCGCGUGAUCCAUUUGAAUGACAAUUUCCACGGAGGCCUCAACUCGCUAGCUACCUUGUUGGCGAUCGACAGGGUCGGGAUCGCCCACCAUGCCGGCUCCGAUAGCUUCGUCACGGCUCUGGUCUUCCUCAAGCUGCGGGGCCACCUCCUUGUUGGGUCCAUGGAGAAUUAUGUCGGCUUGGUGUUUGGUUUGGAUGCGGAGACUGCACAGAUUUUUAGCAAGAAGUCAUGA